AGCUUAGUAACGCUUUAUCUUAUAUCGAGACGACUUCGUCAAGAGAGAAUAACCAGUUUAUCAAACUCGCGGUGUGUGAACAAGUACUCAUUAAAAAUAAUCAUUAAUCAUUGAAUAUUGUUCGUUAUUUUGAUGUUCAAUUGGUGGCGUCCGUCGCAAUUCCGAGGAAAACAAAGUGCUUAAGACCCGGGAAUAAAUGACAAGUGGAUUAAUUGAUUUUAUGACCAAUGGAUACUAAAGACUAACGAAAAAUGCUGCCGGACAGAAGUGAACCCACGGACGUGAAGCGAGAGUGAAAAGUUAUUUGGAUUUUUUUUACUCUUCGUUUCCAUGGGGUUUUGUUUCACGAUUGUUAAUCCGAAAUAAAUGAGAGGAAAUCGGCCUCGUCAAGGCCGACUGGAUACCAGCGACAAAUCAAGACGAUUUGUGGGUAUGUUAACCUCGGAAGGGCGUGGAUUUAUAUCCCUCUGACGAUUGUAUACGCCUCGUUUCAUCAUUCCUUUCUGUUUAUCACCAACGAAAAGUCGACGGAAAUAUUGGAUGAAUAAUUAAAUUGAUUGGAUGAACUAUUGAAAAUUUCCUGCAGUCUCCGGAAAAUCAUUACAAAAAUUCCCAGUGAAUUAUAUCAAAUAAAAAUCAGCACCACUAAAAUACACAAAAAACAACAAAAAAAAACAUGCCAAACACACUGAGUAGGAAUCGUCAACUGCUGGGGAAUUAUUCAUAAAUGUUUAUGGUAAAUUAACAGCGUUUGAAUCCCCGAAAAAUCAUACGUCUCCGAAAUAACAAUUCGGCCGACGAAUGAAUGUUAAAAUAAAAAAAACUCAUCAACUGGGUACAGGCCAACGCUCUGUCCCGGAGUGAAAAGGCGGUCGCGAGCCUGUAGGUCGGCUUUCACCCGGUGUAUUUGCCACCAGGUUGUAGCUGUAGCCCACGGCAUACCUCCAGUGAGUGCAGUAUUGUCGGGCCGAGCGGAUCGCAAUGACGCUCGCCAACAUAUAAAGACAAAAAAAACAACAUAACGUGAUACCACAAAGGACGGUGGGACAUUAUUCAAGUGUUUGAAAUCAUAGCAUGGAAAUGUACAUCACAGAGGCACCAGGUAGUGGCCAGACUGGCCAAAAAUUCGCCUCAACAAAUUCAAUUCCUCUUGCUAUCGAGGAAUCAUCGGAAAAAUUACCGUCAAUAUUGCUGCGCGACACGAAGGGCCGACGGCACAGUGUUCUCGAUGAUCUACGUGCCAGGAGGGACAGCCUGUUCCAACGUGCAAGACGCAGCAGCAUAUUCGAGGAUAAGGAGAAUAAAAAGGACAAGGAGAACAAGAGGAACGAUGAUAAGAAGGAAAAAAGAAGAAGCAGUGAGGGCAAUCGACGGGGCUCGGUGUUCUAUGUGUCUGAUGAUUUGCUUGAGGAGAAUCCUGACACAAUGAAGGAGGAGAUUGAGGUGAAAAAGGGACGUAGGAAGUCGUGGCAUCCGUUGGUUAAGCCACCCAAGGCCGAUAGGAAGAGGAAAAAAGGCCUCACUGGUAUAACAGCUGAUGUUGGUAGUACUGAGGGACUCUAUGGAGGCAGACAGAAGAGGCUGUCUUGGUGGAAUAUUUUUGUUCCUGAUUCUGUCACGAGGUCACGACGCAUGUCACAGCAAGAUGUCUCUCAAUCGAGAUCCACGGAGAACCUGACAGCCUCAUUCUUCCGGAGUAAGAGCCGGAGUGUUGAUCAUGGAUUCUCAACGCCGUACGAUCUGGAAUCACUGCGAAGCAAAGUCGAGGGUCGUUUCGAAUCAGUCGACAAGCUUUCCAGAGAUUCUGACAGUGAUGGGAAAGAUGGGACAACCAUUCAGGAGAAGAGACAGGCACGUCUCACUCAGCCCGAAAAUACGAUUGCUUACAGAGUGGGUGAUAGAGAUACUCUGACAUCGGUAGCCGCCCGGUUCGAUACAACACCAUCAGAAUUGAGCAAACUUAAUAGGCUUGGCAGCACAUUCAUUUACCCGGGACAACAACUAUGGGUUCCCACAAAGGGUGAGGCUCGUCUCGGUCCUGAUGAACUUGGCUUGGAUACACCCAGUCCUGAUCCCUGUCAUGAUCACGAUUCUCAGGAUGAUUUACCGCCUGAAGAGAAAGAACUUUUGGACAAUUUGCGACCUGUUUCACCGAAACCAGGUCACUCGGAACGAGUUAAAACGCCACUAGACAGUCGCACUGGUGCCAGGGAUGAGGAUGAGCCACCGUACAGGGAGAGAUUCUUGAAGAUAAAUGUUCGUCAUAUCACAGACGGACAGGGUGUUGUUGGUGGUGUUCUCCUGGUAACACCAAACGCAGUGAUGUUUGAUCCAAAUGUAUCUGAUCCCCUUGUAAUUGAGCAUGGAGCUGAAUCAUACGGUGUCAUAGCACCAAUGGAAUUUGUAGUUAAUGCCGCAAUAUACUACGACAUUGCUCACAUGAGGGUCAGCCACACAGAUGCUCUCGGUACAGAUAAAAAGCCAGAAAUUUAUUACAUGGAAAAACCAACGAAAGAUGGAAAAUGCCUGUCCCCUGGUAAAGAUGAAAAUUUUUCUGAACUCACUGGUGAUGAUAAUGAGAGCGUCUGCAGUUGCGCUGAACGUGAGGGUGAUGCAUUUCCAAAGGCCUUUGAGAGGGAUCUUGUUACUCCCACCAACCUUCAGAAUGACGAAGGAUCAACAUCCAAGGAAGCCGAGAAGGAAAAAGACAAAGAUAAGAAAGAGGAGGAGUCAGGAACAAGUGAUAAAGAGUUGAGUAUCCAGUCAAUGCGGACCCUCGAGGAACGCAGGCGUUCCAUGCUGGAUCACCACUGGGCAGUGCCCAGCAAGGACAGGAACUCUAUGUCAGUUGACGAUGAACAGCAGGACUCCCUGAACUCAGACAAGGCUGAGUCAUCAAAACCCAAUGCCAUACCCGAGGAGGAAGGAUCUCUAGUCAAACAGUCGUGCUAUGAUUCUGGUAUCGACAUACGUGAAUGUAUAGCCCCUAUUCCCGUAGUGCAGCCUAUCCCAUCGAAAAAAAUGUAUUCGGAUGCGGAAAUAGUUUUAUCUUCAGAUUGGGUACCGCCGAUCACCAUUGCACCAGCUCACAUCACGAGCACCAGUACUCUGGAUACAAUUCCAUCCGUCAAUGGAAGGAAGAAGGCCAGCUCAGUGUCAUUCAGUCUUGACAGCAAUGCUGAGGAGCCUGAGGCGGAUGUGGAACAGAAACAUGAAGAUGAUAAACAGGAGACACGCAAAAAUAAGAUGUUGAAGAGGCUGUCUUAUCCCCUGUCCUGGAUGGAAGGCCUCACUGGGGACAAAGACGAUGAAUCCAAAACAGUACCUGAAAAAGUACCAAGUCUCCCAAACAGUGCCGACAGCCACCACUCUUCGGUAUUCAGUAAAGUCUUCUCGAGCUCGCCGAUCAACCUGGUGAGUGACUUUAGCUCGGGGCUAUUUGCUAAAACACCGAGUGAAGAGAGCAGCGGAGGCGGUAGAUCUGGUAGUACACCACCUCUUACCGCCUCCUCGCUCUCCCAGGACCACAGCUAUCAAUUUUCACCAGGGCCCACUAGCCUCUUGGGACGCUCCUCUGUCGGGACCUUCAUUCGCCAACAGCCCUUGACCUCGUCAGGCAGCAGCAGUGCUGACAGCACACGUGGUAACAGAGUAACGACACAUGCACCGAGGGUGGAUUACCGCAGCGUCGUGUCUGUCGAUGAUAAGCCCGAGCUUUUUGUCAGUUUUGACAUCCAAGCACCCAAUUUCCCCGACUUUGAAGACCUCGAAUUGAUUCCAAGGCCAGCGAGAAGCUGUGAGGAUCCACCACUGUACCUGAGGCUGCGCACUGGUAGACCAAAGGACAAAAAAAUUCCUCAGUCAACCCCAAUUAUGAGCUACGGAAAAAAGAAAUUGCGACCUGAGUAUUGGUUCAGUGUUCCUCGAAACAGGGUGGACGACUUGUUCAGAUUUAUUCAUUCGUGGGUACCAGCAUUAUACGGUGAGCUUGAUGAAAAUUACUGGAUUGAGCGUGGUUACAUCCUCUCGGACACGGACACAGACCUAUCCCCGGAAGCUUCGCCUCAGGAAGGGGGAGAUACCGGUGAAUCCGUUGAGGAGACCAAAACCGGUGACGAGAUUAGUGAACUGACGCGAGAGUCAUGGGAGCGGCUCAAGGCACCGUACGUAAAGUUAUGCAGCAUGCUGGUCUCGAGUACGUCAGCGGACUCAGAGCAGCCCCAGGAUGCCCAGGUAUUGUCUAUGAGCGAAGAGCUUCGAAGAGCCUUGUACGCAAACAGUGCAAUAUCCCUUGACAUUGACGUCAUUGUGCCUGAUUUAGUCGGCACAACUGAGAUACUGAAGGACGAGCACAGAGAGAGUCUGUGCCGGCAUUUGCCAGCGAGAGCCGAAGGCUAUCUCUGGACCCUUGUUUUCAGCACAAGUCAGCAUGGUUUCAGUCUCAACAGCAUGUACCGAAAAAUGGCCAAGAUUGAGAGCCCUAUACUUCUAGUCAUUGAGGAUACUGAAGGAAAUGUAUUUGGUGCCCUCACGUCCUGUUCUCUCCACGUGAGCGAUCAUUUCUACGGGACAGGGGAAUCACUCCUCUUCAGGUUUACACCGAGGUUCCAGGCGUUCAAUUGGACAGGGGAUAAUGUUUAUUUCAUCAAAGGAAAUAAUGAGAGUCUGUCGAUUGGCGCUGGAGAUGGUAAAUUUGGGCUGUGGUUGGACGGCGAUCUGUAUCAAGGACGAACUCAAUCCUGUAGCACAUACAGCAAUGAACCCCUUGCGCCCCACGAGGACUUUGUUGUUAAAACACUAGAGUGUUUUGCAUUCAUAUAGGAUUCGGCCACUUACAAUCCAUCCACCACAACGUUGGAGCCUAAUUUGACCUGAGCUCGGGAUUUGUAGUGGAAAAACAAAUCCAAGUAUCAGGAGAGAUCAGACUUAUUGACCAUUUAAUGAAGAUUAAAGAUGGAGAUUCAUGUACCGAGAAAAAAAACUGUAGAAUUAAAAAGAGAGAACUAAAUUGAGGGAAAAAUACUGCAAGUAUUGGAGGGAGGGGGGUGUCGAUUAAAAAAGAAAAUUAUGAUACUAAAAUACUAGAUAAAUCGACACCAAUAAAUUCAAUCAAUUCUGUUGGGAGAUUUAAUUUUAGAAGAACUGAUGCGAAUGACGAUGAGAAUUGUGAAUUUGCGCUUUAAUUGCCGGAAUGUCUACUGAUCGAUAGACUUAUCGUUAACACUUUUUUUAUUUAUAUUUAUUUUCAUUAUUUUGUAUUGUUUAACAGUUAGUUGUUACCCGCCGAUAGAUCAACGAUAUUAAUUUCCUUCUGAUGCAGCAAAUAAAUCGAGUUUUGCGCCUGAAUAUGUAAAACUUGAUGUUUAUUUUACCAAACAGAUCGAUAAACUCGUUCGAGGAAAAAAAAGAGAUAUAUAUUUUUUUUAGCCACUGAACGUGAUGAGAAAAUUGAGAUAAUGGUCUUUGCUAAUUGCUAAUACCUCAAAAAGAAGAGAGCGAGGGAGAUUAUGAGAUGCUACCAAAAACCAAUGCUAACUAACCGUUUGUUGAUGUGUAGAUAAUGUAGAUAGUGAAUGUACAUAUAUAUAUAUAUAUAUUGCAAGUCGUGUAGAAUGAUUAAUUGUAACGCUACAAAAAAAAACGCAAAAAUAUAUAUUAUACAAAGAGAAUUAAAAAAAAAUCAAUAUGUUGGAUCGUAUUAUAUCAUGUAUACAUGCUAUUACUGUAAUGUGAGACUUGGGUGGGACUCGAGGUGAGAGACCAUUCGAAUCUGCCUAGGAUCUGAGAUAGAUUAGUGUCACGUAUGAAUCGUACUGAUUAAAUCAAGGGAUUUUGAAUGGAUUUUAAUGAAAUUGGUAAUGUUUGAUUAUUGUUGAUGAGAUUUAGCAGGUAAAUUUAAUGUAGAAUUCUACACCAGUAUCACAACGAAUGCAAGUGUCUGUGCAUCAUUCUCUGAAUUAAUCAUCUUUCAUUAUUUGAAAUCAAGUGAAAUUGAACGGUAGAUUAAUCGAAAAUUUUACGGUUCAUUUGGAUUUUAUUUAACUUACCAUUUACGAAAUCUAAAUCACGAGGGAAAAAAUUUGAGAAACUGAGUGAAUUCACGAGUCAUCGAGUCCAUGAUUCAUCGAGUGCUUCACAAUCAUUAGAUAUGAUUGGGGUUUAACGGGGAAGAGAGAUCGAGGGGGAAUUAAUCGAAGUUACAGUGCUGGAUAGACAAAUGUUGAUGAGUAGCACCUAGAGGAGAGAGACAUAAUUCACAAUAAACGUGAGUUAUGGCUGACGAACUAGCGUAUUAUGCAUAUCAAGUCUAAUGAUUCAGUGCAUUAAAGGAUACUUUGAUAAGUCUGUGUUAUUUUUCAUUAAUCUCCAUAUAGUGAUGAUUUUUAUUAACAAUUUAUCAAUGAAGAACCGACGAUUUAUCCGGCAUUUCAUCAUCAAUAUUUUAACGUGAUAAUAAAAUACUAAUUCAUAGCGUAAACUCGUUGACUAAUCAGCAAAUGAUUAAUGAGUGAAUUGCAGCUUUGGCUUCGAUUUAUUUGCAUUUUCAUUCGAUAGAACACAAUUAAAAUGAUGGAGGACGAGGGAUAAUUAAGAAAAUAAUCAUUAACGAUUGAAAAAUAUUGAUGGAGGAGUUUUUUUGAUAGAUGUCAGCUUGCUAAAUGUAGAAUUACUCAAGCAAAAUCAUUAGUAAAGUUGGUGAAUUAAUGAAACAUUAAAUUUAAAAACAACAAAUGGAAUAAAAUCCUAGAUGUAUUGUUUGUGAUAUAAAAUAACACAACAUUGCUCCCAGAUUCCCCUUUUCUAACAACACGUGGAUAUAUACUAUUGGGGUAGAAUUUACAUCAUAACUCAAUGAGUGUUGAAACAAACGAAUUUGGGAGCUUAUAUCCAGCAUUGUACAGAAAUUACAAGAAAAAAAUUUAAAAAUUGGAAAAAAAAUAUGUGCUACUGCCUAUACACACUUGUAGGAGUAGAUUUAACAUAAAUGUGAGUUGUUGAAGAGAAGACAUAAAUAUCGGAGGACAAGUUUGAUGAUUUCGAAUAUAAUCCUCAAUACUCUUUGUGACUCAGGAAGUUUUCCAUGAAUCAAUGUCUAAAAUUGGCUGAAAAUGUCUAAUGAUUAAUUAAAAAAUGUUUUUAGGUAUGUAAUGAAUCGCCUGCGGUUGGUAGCUUCGAUUAUCGGGUGAUCGAAAUGGGAAGAAUUCGAUAGGUCGUUCAAUUUCUUUAGAAAAUAUUGCUUCGAAAUUAUUUGAGACAAUUUUCUAGGUUUUUUUUUCCAAAUUGUUCUUUUCUAGGUUUCCUUUCACUCUGCAAUUCGUGGGAAGUAUCAGUAGAGUAGGACUCUUGUAAAACUUUUCUCCAAAUUCUUUUCUUCUUCAUUCCAAAGAUUUUUAAAUGAGGGACAAAACUUUUUCACACAAAAUUCAAGAGAAUUGAUAGCAACUUCCUGUUUCUUCUCAUUUCGUUUAGCCAAGAGAAUAAAAUAAGAAGCAGUUAAAACCGUACACACAUACCCAGAGCGAUGUUGAUCUGUCGUACAUUGUCAAUUAGUUCCAGACUGACUGCAGGGAUUGCGAGAGCGGAUAACAGUUGUGUGUCUCGGUGUUUCUAGCCAAUAGACGUGUCGUCGUCAUCGUCGUUGAACACAUCAUUGUUUUAAAGAAAUAAAAUAAUGUGAAAGCUUAUAGUUGGGCUGUCGUCUAUAUCCGACGAUGCGAUACUUCAAAAGGGUAAUCGAGUCUUCCUUGGGAGCAGAUCAAAUUCAGAAUCGAAUUUGAAUGAUUUCGGGGCCUCAGGCCUCUCAACACAAAUGACCUCCUUCAAAAAUUGAUAUUCUGUCCGUAUUGAACCUGGGAGAGAGAAUACUCGGAUACCCUUAAACAACAAUUUUCUGUCCAAGGCCCAUAAAUGCCACAUUACACGCACGAAAAAGUUAACAGAAAAAUGCAGCGAAUACGUCGAAGCUUCUAGCAAUUUUCUAGAGGCAGCGAACACUAUUCGAUUAAUCUGUAUAAGUUAUUCUCAAAAAACUGAUAGGAAAUUCAGAAGAACUCCAGGGAAUUCGCUGUUUUCCUGUUAAUAUUUUUAUCCGUGCACUCCAACUUCAUAAUAAAAAUUCAAUGAGUGACCCAAAAAAAUAUCAUUUAACUCCCUUAACUCUCUGUUAGACACACAAUAACGGUUGAAAGAUUGCAGAAUAAAAAAAAAAACAUAAAAUUAUGGAAUGAAAAAAAUCUCUGGACCAAUGAAUUUUACACUUUAUAAUUAAAGAGAAAAACCUAACUUCUUGAAAUUGCUACUUCUGCGACUGCUUCUAGCACAAUCUCUGGACCCGAAUAACUCAUUGAUGAUAAAAUUUAAUGUAUAAUCAGUAGAAAUUGUUUCGAAAUAUUCGAUUAUCGUUAUUGUAUUGGCAGUGAUGCCAUUGUCGUGAUAAAAAAAAUUAUUGCAACUUCAACGACACGAGAUUAGUGUGGUGCUGAUACUAGCUACCCACCCCCAGUCAAUACCAAUUGGAGCUGUUUGUUGAGUGAUAAUUAUUCGGAGGGAGUAGGAGAGUUGAAAAGGCUUUUGUUGAGAUGAUAAUUCAGAUGAAAAUGGUCUGUUUGGUUUUGCUUAUCAGGAUGUGAACGAUCAGGUGCUGAUCGAAGGGAUGAAUAAUGAUGCUGAGUGAUGGUAUGGAGUACGUACGUACCAGUGCGUCAAUUGUAUUUAUGUAGAUCAUUAUAUGUAAAUAUACCUUGGGCUUGUGUGGGCUCACUGUAACAUUAACACGAACACAGAGAACAAUUAACACGCAUAUAUUAAAUAAAAUGCCAACCAAUGUGUUGUGAGUGAAUUCA